UGCCACACAUCAGUAAAUAACAGCAGCUCCAUUAAAAAUCACAUAGUAGGCGCAAAACUCAUCAACAAGAAUGCCUGGCUUAAGAAACAGUGCUUCAUGGGCUCCACUGCUGCUAAAGAGCUCCCGCAUUACGUCAUGUGCCAACGGCUGUUCGCUGGGCAUCACAGCCCACCUGACAUACACCAACACUGACCCAGAACCUGUAGAGGGAGUAUUUGUGUACCCGCUGGGUGAGCAGGAAGUGGUGGUGGGGUUCGAAGCUCUUGUCUCUGGAAGGCUGCUGAGUGUGGAGCUCCAGAGCCGUGGAAAGUUUAAGGACUGCUGCCCUGACUGCUGUCCAGUGCCAGGCUUUUAUGGGAAGGAGUGGACCUGCUGUGGUGGGACAGGCCAAAACAUACAAUGCUCCAACGGUCAUCUGCUGCUGGACGAGGAUCUGGAGAGAACUACCUUUGUUGUAGGAACAGGGCUCAUUGCCCCCAUGGAGGGUGUAUCAGUCGUCAUCAGUACCACUCUGGUACUCCCCACAUUAGAGAAUGGUGCAAUCCACCUGAUCUAUCCUACAGUGUUUACACCCAUAGUAAGAGCCAGGAUGCAACUAACGAAAAAUGAAACUGGAGGAAAAUCUGAUGAGACAAGUGCGACAAGAUGUUUUGGUGGUGUGUCUGGUAAGCAGGAUAAGAUACUGGAAAUCAAUGAGCAGUGCGUUCAUUCUCUAUUCUCCAGCCCUGCAACUAACCUUGCACCCUACGAGCUCAGUUUUCAGCUGCUAGUUCGAGGGGCCUGUCUACUCGCAGGUCUAGAGAGUCCAACCCACGCACUGAGGGCAGAUGCAGACCCCAGUGCUCAAUCUGCCUCAGCUACCUACAUCACCUUAGCAGAGGAACACCCCUACGACCGUCACUUAGAGAUUAUCCUGCACCUAAGUGAGCCUCACAGCCCAUUAGUUAUUUUGGAGCGGGGCCGGCUUACCUUCAGCCAGUAUCAGCAGCAGAUCAGUACCCGUCGUGAUUUUAUUCGCCAUGUCUGUAAGGAGGCAGAGCCUCAGAAGAAUCUGGAGUAUGUGCGGAAACGUUACCAUAAAGAUAUGCUAAAUAACCCAGUGUUGAUGCUAAACUUCUGCCCGGAUUUGAUGUCCAAGCCUCUGGACCUGCAACAGGCCAACAGGGAGCUUCUGUUCCUCAUCAACCGAAGCACCAACAUGACACAGCACACCAUUAACAAAAUCAAGGACAGUAUGCUGGUGGCCAUGAAGAGUCUCCCUCAUGGUGUAAUUGUGAACAUUGCUAGCUUUGGCUCAACCGUUAAGCCUCUCUUUGCCUCCAGCAAGCCCUGCACUGAUAUUGCAGUAGCACAGGUAUUGGAAUAUGUGCAAAAGUUGCAUGUUGAUCUAGGUGGCGGUAACUUGUUUGAUGCGCUGUCCUGGGUGUACCACCAGCCUCCACAUCGUAGAUGCCCUCGACAGCUCUUCAUCCUUACUGAUGGCUCACUCUGCAAUGUAGGUCGGGUGCUAGAGCUGGUCAGACGGAACACCUGUAAUGCCAGGUGUUUUGGACUGGGUCUCGGGCCUCGGGCAUGCAGAAGGUUCCUUCUCGGUGUUGCCAGACUGACUGGAGGAAGGACGGAGAUCCUCAGUGAGAAUGAAAGACUGCAGCCAAAGCUUAUAAGGUGCCUAAAGAAAGCUCUGGAACCUGCGCUGACAGAUGUGCGCGUUGACUGGUAUUUGCCGGACAACAUGGAGGCUCUUCUCUCGCCCACCGAGAUUCCUCCACUUUAUCCAGGGAACUGCUUGAUUGCUUACUCCACUCUCUAUGAUGUGUCUGCAUUUAAAGUGAAAAAGAAUGAAGUAAGUGUGAGAAGUCAUACCAACAGGUCUGCCCCUUGUGGUUCUUUUGGGUCGGUGUUUGAGCUCCCACACGAAUCAUCUGAACUCCUACAACCACUAGCAGCACCAAUACCUGAGAAAGAGAGAGGAGGAGGAGGAGGAUAUGAAGACAACAUUGAAGAUGCACUGAGAGAAAUCUCAGAUGAAAUCUCCUCAGAGUUCUCCAGUGUUCCAGACAACACUGGCAACAGUGUCAGCGAUCAGGAGUACACUGUGAGUGAUGUGCGCUGGAGGAUGGAGCAAGCAUCAUAUGUGAAGGAGCAGUACACACUUACAAGAUGUUCACUGGGCAGUGAGAGAAGCGUGUUUACUUCCGUUUCUCCGCCAGCUGAGCGCCUCUCUAUGGGCAUGGAUGCCGCAUCGCUUCCUUACGGCCUGGAGAGGGUGCAGCCUCAACACAGCCGGGGUCUCACGCGCUGGGACACCCCGUUUCAAGAAAACCCAGUUUCAUUACUGGAUACAGGGACUGCCAAGACUGGCCGAUCAUUAGAUGCUGAGGAGUGUUUACGCAGACAGAAGGCUUUAGCCCGUGCUGCUUUGGCCUGUCGCAGUUUCUCUUCUCCACAGGGCGAGCUGGACAUGCAUCGUCUGCGUAGGGCACUGGAGAGAGUUUCAUUCGAGCAGGCAGUCGGUGGUCGACUGGAGGAGAGUGAUACGGAAACACACAGCACUCCCCUAGACGAUCUCCUCUUCCCAGCAUCAUCGCUGGACUGGGAUGGCUUCACCGAUCCUGAGUACUUGUUUGCAGCAGCUCCUCCUGUCCAGGUGCCAUGUCGCUCAGUGAUCCAUGGCCUGCUGGGAUCAAAGCCUGUUUCCUGGGAGGUCAGUGUGGACCUGAGCAUCCUCUGGAGAUCGGAGGAAGCCCCACGGGAUACCUGGGAUGAAAUUGUCCACCAGCUUGCUGCUCAGUCUGUUAUACGUGACUUUGAGAGCCUGGCAGAGAAGGAGAGAGAUAUUGAACAUGGUUCAUCAAAGCGAUACCGAACGAAAGCCAUCCAGACCAGCAAGAGUUGUGGAAUCAUCUGUAUGUACACAGCAUUCAGUACUACUGAUGUCAGCCCCAGCAAACUCUUGUCUCAAUCCACAGACACAGGACACAUAGGUAUGGCUGCUGGCAGUAGGAGGCAGAGGGAAUACUCAGUUAGACACGGACGCAGAGCAUUCAGCAAAGACUGUAAUGAUAUUGAUGAUUCACACGUCUUUACAGACAGAGACAACACUCCAGCUUCUCCAUGCAGUCUGGUAUCUUUGGACAGCAGAGAUAGUGAAAGAGAAAAGGAAAAAGAAGGUGGAAGUGUGCAUCCUGCCAGUCCAUCUGCAGCCUCAUCCAGCUCUCAGCGCUCCAUCGAAAGCAGAUCUACGGAGAGCUUCUUCAGCUCCAGAUUCCAUCUUGGCAGAUUAAGGCCCAGUCAUAGCUUAGGAAGGCAAACUCCUCUUAAACCCCAGUGCCUUUCUGCUGAAUCCGAUUCCUACACAGACUCCCAGUCACCUGACUACCUGCCUCUGUUGCAUCUGCAGCUGGCCUCAGGUGCCUUUCUGCUGUCCGAGUCCUUUUCUGAGUGCAUUCACAUCUCUCUGGAUCGUCUGAAGAGAGCAUCGCCUUACCUGAACCACCGCAGCAGCCUAAGCCCGCCCUAUCACUGCGUCUCUUCCCCCUCCACACGCCCGAUGGCCCCCCACAGGCCAGAGGACCAAAGUACCGAUCACCUGACCACGAUUUCAAACCCACUCAGCUCAGAGAAGGGCUCUCAAGAACUCAUGAGUGGAGUCCUUCAGGCAGACAGUGGGCGUGGCUCUGAAACAGACACAUGUGAAGAGGGAGAGCUGCCAGGGGAGGAGCUGGCACAGCUAGAUUUGGAGAGCUCGAGCUGGGCGACAGCCGUGGCUUUAGCCUGGCUUGAGCAUCACUGCGCCGGGUUCUUUGUGGAAUGGGAGCUGGUGGCCGCCAAGGCCGAAUUUUGGCUAAAGUGUCAGUCACUUCCGGAGGGAGUGGACCUUCCCAGCCUGAGGGCAGCUGCCAGACAGCUCUUCUUGCUGCUGCGCCAUUGGGAUGAGAAUCUGCAACUGAACAUGCUCUGUUAUAAUCCAAAUUACAUGUAAAAAAAAACCUUCUUUAUAGACAGAUACAGGCCAAAACAUAUCAUACACUAA